GUUCUUCACAGUCUUGAGCCCGCCGUUGCCUGCAGUAGCUGGACCGUCUGUGGACAUCGGUUCCUGUGCGAAUGGCGGGUGCUCACUGAGUCGCCGGAGGAUUUAUGAAAAUGGAAAAUUAUGAGGCAUUUGUAGGCUUUGAUCUCUGUGAGAUACCACUCUCCAGUGUUGCACAGAAGAUCAUGUCUGCUAUGCAUUCAGGUGAUUUAGUGGAGUCUCAGAAUUGGAGAGAGAAUGAAAAGAAAGCUGCAGAAGUGGUAAACAGUUCCUGUAAUGAGUAUAGAGUACUUCUUGAAAAUGAGAAUCAAUCACUGGAAAAAAGGAAUCUGAAUUCCUCUACAAGCCAGGCGUCAGGUGUGUCCAUCAAGCUCUGUCUUCCCACCUCCAGUAUCAGACUCACAGAUCAGCCAUCAGCUGACCAAAACCAGAAGAACAUCAGCUCAUUGGCUCCUCCCAGUUGUGUCAUUCCACAGUGUAACCAAGAGGCUUUGGUCCUACAGAAAACAGAGUGUAAAAGAAAGCAUUUCCUAAAGGAAAAUAAAAAUAAUGAAGAGAAAGAAAUGCCUAUGAAUCUUAAAAGAAAAUGUAGUACAUGUCAUUUUUCAGGGAAAACAAGUAAACAUGUGGCAUUGGAAGAAGGUGUUGAUGAGGUUGAAGCCCACUUACACUGUGGGAAUGCAAGGGCAUGUGGAGACCAUUUUUGUGACAUUAGGUAUUUGGAUGAUUUGGAGAAAAGCCAGCUGGUUGAGAUGCUCAAACAGGCAGUGGCCAUGGUCAUAACGCUGAUAUAUGAGGAUGGUUCAACCCAGCUAAGAGCUGAGCAGGCUCUGGUUCCCUCUGUUAAAGGAAUUGCAGUGUUACUACAGAGCCAUGUAAACAGUGGUCUUCUGGAGGUCUCAGCCUCUGACAGUGUCCUGAGGGAAGGCUCCACACUCCAUGAGCAGUAUAUCUACCUUGAAACAGAGCAGUCCUCCACUGGGGGCCGAGAGCAAGAAGCAUAUAAUCAGUUUGCCAGGAAAGUUCUGUUUCAAAUCCUGAAAUGUAAAUGUCCUGUUAUUUGUUUUAAUGCCAAGGACUUUGUGCGAACAGUGCUGCAGUGUUUUGGUAAUGAUGGCAGCUGGAAGCAUGUUGUUCAUUUUGUAGGGCUUGAUCCCAGAAUUGCUGCCUGGCUUAUAGAUCCUGGGGAUGCUUCACCCUCUUUUGAAGAUUUAGUGGCAAAAUACCUUGAAGGCUCCAUCUCUGUUAAUGUGAACAGCACAUAUGGGAAUUCCUCAAGAAAAGUUGUGAAUCAGAAUGUACGUGUGAACCUGAAGACACUCUACAGACUUACGAUGGGCCUUUGCUCCCAGCUGAAGGUUUAUGGAUUAUGGCAACUAUUUUGUACUUUGGAGCUUCCUCUGAUACCAAUUUUGGCAGUGAUGGAGAGCCACAGCAUUCGGGUGAACAGAGGAGAGAUGGAGAGGACUUCAGCCCUUCUGGGGUCUCGUCUCAAGGAACUGGAGCAAGAAGCCCAUUUUGUUGCAGGAGAGCGGUUUCAUAUAACAAGUAAUAAUCAGCUUCGAGAGAUCCUCUUUGGCAAGCUAAAACUGCACCUGCGGAGUCCCAGGGAGACUCUUCGUAGAACAGGGCUGCAGAAACUCCCAUCCACGUCAGAAGCUGUGUUAAGUGCUCUGCAGGACCUUCAUCCAUUACCCAAGAUAAUUUUGGAAUAUAGACGGGUUCACAAGACCAAGUCAGCCUUUGUGGAUGGAUUACUAGCUUGCAUGAGAAAGGGUUCCAUUUCCUCUACGUGGAAUCAGACGGGAACUGUGACUGGAAGACUUUCAACCCGGCACCCGAAUAUCCAAGGUAUCUCCAGGCACCCAAUUCAAAUUACUAAACCACAGGAUUUUAAAGGUCUAGAAGGCACGGUGCUCACCAUCUCCCCGAGGAGCAUGUUCGUUGCCCCCGAUGGCUACACCUUCCUGGCAGCAGACUUUUCACAGAUUGAAUUGCGCAUUCUUACACACUUAUCUGGGGAUCCAGAACUUUUGAAGUUAUUCCGGGAAUCUGAAAGAGAUGAUGUAUUUUCCACCCUGACUUCACAGUGGAAGGACAUUCCCCCAGAGCAUGUGACGCAUGCAGACAGAGAGCAGACCAAGAAGGUGGUGUACUCAGCGGUCUAUGGAGCAGGGAAGGAGCGGCUUGCUGCUUGCCUUGGAGUUACUGUGCAAGAGGCUGCCCUGUUCUUGGAGACUUUUUUGCAGAAGUACAAGAAAAUCAAGGACUUUGUCCAAACAACCAUUGCCCAGUGCCGCCAGACAGGCUACGUGGCAUCCAUCAUGGGCAGAAGGAGACUGCUGCCAAGGGUCCACGCACAAGACCAGCAGCUGCGGGCGCAAGCUGAGAGGCAGGCCGUGAACUUCGCGGUGCAAGGCUCAGCUGCAGACCUCUGUAAGAUGGCCAUGAUCCGUGUCUUCACUGCCGUGGCUGCUUCCCCUACCCUGACGGCCAGGCUGGUUGCCCAGCUUCACGACGAGUUGCUGUUUGAGGUGGAAGAGCCACAGGUUCCUGAGUUUGCAGCUCUAGUCAGGGGGACCAUGGAGGCCCUGCAGGACGAGCCGGCCUUGCAGCUGCAGGUGCCCCUGAAGGUGAGCCUGAGUGCUGGCCAGUCAUGGGGCCACCUGGUGCCGCUGCAGGAGGGCCCUGGGCCCUCGGCCCAGCCCACGUCCUGCUGAGUCUCCAAGCAACCACCCUGCCACCGCCAGUCCCCUUGUCAGCACCUACCCCUGCAUUUUUCGCCUUCAUUUUGUCUGUAGCCCCAGGCAACAGUGGGAGGAGAGAACUGGUUUCCACCAGUCCAUUGUGUGGCCUUCCCCAAG